CACGUUGUCGCGCACGUACGCAGUCCGCGGAAGAACAGCUACAGCUCUCUCUCUGUCUCGGCCAACCAAACACACACCGAACACCGAACACCACAAGCAACACCCACAACCUGCAACGCGAGGCAACAACAACCUGCAACACCGACAGCGGCAACACCACAACAACGCAACACCCCAGACACCCGAAACACCCGAAACACCAGAAACACCAUUCGAAAACAUCAUUCAUUCUCCUUUCCUGCGUCGAAAGCAUAAACUCAAACAUAACAAAAAUGUUUUAUAAAUAUAUUAUUAUAAAAUAACAAAAUAUUGCAAAAUAAAAAAAAGAGAAAUAACAGCGAAAAGUUUUUAAAAAAGUCAACAACAACAACAGCCACAACAACAAGAGAAGCAAGCAAAUCCUUAAGCGUAAUUUUUUUGUAUUUCAACAAUGCAACAACCACAACAACUACACCCACUACAGAGGCAACAACUACAGCAGCAGAAGCAACAGCAACAACAAGAGCAAGAACAACAGCAACAACACCAGCAGCAGCAACAACCACAACCACCAAAUGCAACAACAACAACAACUCCAGGCGGCUUUCCACGUGUGUGUGUGUGAACAACAACAACAACAACAACAACAACAAGCAGAAGCGAAAAACUUUAGAAAAACUUACAACAACUUUUUGGACUUGGAGCAUUUUUCGAAAAGAUCAAAAGUCUAAAGUGAAAGACCACCCCUCCCCCUUUUGAGUUUUUUUGUCCAUCGUCGAGAAACAUACAAUAUUUCAUUCAAAUCGAAACGCAAGCCACGUAAAAACAUGCUCUAAGGUUGUGUUAAAGGAAACUUCUCCUAUUUUGCACCUUAUUUUUAUUUCAACAAAAUUACAACAAUUUUUUCCAAGUGAAAAUUUUGUGCGAACCGCAACAACAGCAACAACAACAAAAGGAAAGUGGAAAUAAACAAAAAAAAAGUCAAAUUUAAUUCAAUGCAAACAGCAAGUGCAAUAACAACCACAAGAAAUUCAUCCAAAACAACACCAACAACUACAACAACCACAGCAACAACAACCACACCAACAACAAGAACGAGAACAACGUUUUGAAACUGCGGUGUUUGGCGUUUAUGCAUAUUCUUCAAAAUUCCAAAUUUCAACGAAGAAGAAAGCGUGUAAAACUCAAAGAGAAACCAAAAAGCCAAAGGCAAACUAAUUCACACAAUUACGCAAUCUCGGCAAAUCGAAAGGCAACUCUACCAAGAUCAACUCUACCAACAAGACGAACACGCUACAACUCUGGCAGCGCUCUCUGGCUAAUAUUGAAAACUGAAAACUGAAAAACGAAUUAUUCGAAACAUUCUCUUAGACCUCCUCUAAUCACACACACACACACACACAUGCACCAUCUGUCUCCCACACACACACCCACAAAUUCGAACAACUGGACCAAUUAAAUGUUUAUGGAAGCGAAAAGGAGGAAAGCGAAAAACUUAACCAAAUCUAAAUAAAACAAUUUUCGUUUCUUGGGGCAAGGCAAAAAAAGUAACUUUCGAACUUCGAAAUAUUUUCAAAUUUUCGGAAAACCCCAAAAAUCAUAAAACAGUGUUGUAAAACUGCCCCAAAUUACAUAUUUCGGUGUGCGAAAAUAACAAAAAGUAAGAGUAUCUUGAAAGACGCAAAAAGAAGUCACAAACAACCAGAACAACCCAUAAACAACUGCAGCGACAACCAGCAUCAACAACAACAACACCAGCAAGCCAGCAACAACAACUGCAAGAAACAACAAACCAAAAUCGACGAAGACGACGGCCCCCGACAAAAAUCAAUUGGAAAAUUGAAACUUAUGGAUUGCUGGACGGGUAACGCCCGACUGGCGAGUGUUUUAGUUUAAGCAGCGUAAGCUGUCACCGACAUGGGCAGUGAGCACUACUGCUUGAGGUGGAACAAUUACCAAUCCAACCUGUUAGGGGUGUUUAGUCAAUUACUACAAGACGGGAGCCUGGUGGACGUCACACUAGUUUGUUCAGAGGGCACAUCCAUCAGAGCCCAUAAGGUGGUCCUCUCGGCUUGUUCCUCGUACUUCCAGAGCCUGUUCCUGGAGCACCCCGAAAGACAUCCAAUUGUGAUAUUGAAGGACGUCCGUUUUGCCGAGCUGCAAACCUUAGUUGAAUUCAUGUACAAGGGCGAGGUGAACGUGCAAUACUGUCAGUUGUCCGCGCUGCUCAAGACAGCCGAAUCCCUCAAGGUCAAGGGCCUCGCCGAGAUGACGAACCAGAACACGACGCUGCGCGAACCGGAGCGGGAGCCGGACCGCCUGCGUCCGCAGGGCGGCGGCGGGAGCGGCGGAUCCGCCCACAAGCCGGCCGACAGUCCGGCGGCCGCCCUCGAUGCCACAGCGGCGGCACAGGCGACGGCAGCAACGGCCACAGCGGCGGCGGCAACAUCGACCUCAACCUCAGCGACAUCUGCGGCGGCGGCGGCAACAGCAGCGACGGCAGCAACAUCUGCGGCAACAACGGCGGCGGGGAGCAGCAGCAGCGCCAGCGGCCACACAAGCAGCAGCAGCGCCAGCAGUAGUACAACCACAACGGCGGCAACCACAACAGCAGCAGCAGCAACCUGUGCGGCAACAGCAGCAACAUCCACGGCGGCAACAUCCUCGACGGCAGCGGCAACAUCCGCUGGUGUUGCACACUCGGAGGAGGCGACAUCGUCCUCAACCCACGGCGGGCAGAAGCGGGAGGCCAGCGAUCGCUGCAGUCCCACGCCCGCCAAGCGCUCCUCCCGCAUCCAUCCAAGUGCGGACAAGGGCAAGGACAAGGAUGACUCUCUGGAGGAUCGCGACCAGGAGCAACAGCAGGCGGACGAGCUGCUCGCCGAGGAGUUGCUCGCACGCAACUUAAAGGACGAGGAGGAGGACGAUGUGGAGGAGGUGGACGAGCUGGAUGAGAACGAGGAGGCGAUGCUGCGGGAUCAGGACGAGGAUGAGGAGGACGAGGACGAGGAGGAGGAGACGCCCAUGCCGCUGGAUCUCUAUCAAAGACCCAAUGUCGAGGCAAAAAGCGCAACAGCGGCUGCUGCAGCAGCAACGCAGCAGGGCGGCAGCAACAACCUCAGCGGCAACGCUUGCAACGCCAACAGCAGCAGCGGCGGCAGCAGCAACAACAACAACAACAACUCGAGCAGCAACAACAACAACAAGAGCACCAGCAGUGGGAAAUCGUCCGCGGCCAGCAAUGGCAGCACUGGAAACUCGGGCGGCACAGCGGACUCGGUGGUUGCAGUUGACGACGAUGACGACGACGAUGGGGAUCAUCAUCGGCAGCUGCAGCAGCGGCGACUGGGUGACGACCGUCUGGAGCAGGACAUGGACGAGGAGGAUCUGGACGACGAUGUGGUGGUGGUGGGCCCCACCACCGCGAUGGCCAGGGGCAUUGCCCAGCGACUGGCCCACCAGAACCUGCAGCGGCUGCACCACACGCAGCAGCACCACCACCACGCGCCGCACCACCAGCAUCCGCAGCACCACCACCAUCCGCAGCACCACCACCAUCCGCAGCCGCACCACCCGCAGCAGCAGGCGCAGCACCACAACCCGCAUUCGGAUGACGAAGACGCCAUGCCCGUGAUUGCCAAGAGCGAGAUCAUCGACGAUGACUACGACGAUGAGAUGGAUCUGGACGACGACGAUGAGGCGGACAACAGCAGCAACGAUCUGGGUCUCAACAUGAAGAUGGGCGGCGGAGCGGGUGGCGGCGGUGGCGUGGACCUGUCCACCGGCUCCACCCUGAUACCCUCGCCGCUGAUCACCCUGCCGUCCUCGUCGGCGGCAGCGGCAGCAGCGGCUGCGGCGGCGGCCAUGGAAUCGCAGCGCUCCACGCCGGCUAUGUCGGCGGCACAGGCAGCCGGAGCGGGCGCCUCGGACCUCAGCAUCGGCGGCUCCGGCGGACGACCGGCGUCGAGGAGCUCCCGCGACGGCGGCGGCAACGACGGCAGGGGCGGAGCCUCCUCCACCAGCCUGCUGAGCCCCGGGACCAAUCUCCUGCCCGUGCAAUCGGUGCCAUUGAGCCUCAAGAAGGAGAUCGAUUGCAGCGAGGACGACAACAGCAGUCACAGCAGACACAUGCAACAGCGUUCGGCAUCAGCUGGCGGCGGCCUGGGCGGCGACCUCGACUACCGCGCCUCCCACGAGUCGGAAACGUCCGAAUCGCCCCACCAACAGCAACAGCCCCCACCACACGCUGUGGGCGUUGGGGCGGGCGGUGGCUCAGCGGCCGCAGCAGCCGCCGCAGCAGCCGCUCUGCUGCACCAGCAGCAACAGCAGCAGCAGCCCCCUCACAGCCCCCCGCCGCCGCCCCUGCACAUGUACACGUGCAUCUACUGCCGCAUGGCCUUCCCCAACCAAUCGAAACUCACCCGCCACCUGCUGACGCACUCGCUGAAGACGCUCGAGUACCGCGAACCGGCCACCACGGCGCUGAUCCACUCGCAACUGCUGAGCGAUCUCAACAUGGCCGCCGCCGGCCUGCCCUCGCCCUUUGCCUUCCAGAUGAACGCCGCCGCCAUGGCGGCCACUUCCGGCAGCGAUACCCAGGAGCAGGUGGCGGCGGUGGCCGCCGCCUUUGGCAUCGACGUGGAGGCGGCCCUAUCGCUGGCCAGCGCCGGCUGUACCUUCCAAAGUUUGACGGCCAGCUGCUUGGAGGCGAGCGGCGGCGGCGUAGGCCAGGGCGCGGGGGUGCGCUCAGCCACAUCCGCCGGAAAUGGCGGUGGCCUGCUGCUCGGCGCGGGCAGCGGAAGUGGCUCGGGGGCUGCAGCGGCAACGGGUGGCAGCGGCAGCGGCGGUUGCGGCGGCGGUGGCGUUGGCAGCGGCGGCGGCGGCGGCAGUGCCGGCGGUACCGCCACCGGCUCUCUGUCGCCAUCCACAUCCGCCGCAGCGGCGGCGGCGGCAGCGGCGGCCGCUGCACAAUCGCAGUCAGCGUCGCUGCUGGGCGCCGCGUCCAGUGAUCCGAAUAGUGUUGUCAUGUGUAAGUUCUGUGCUAAAAGUUUUCCCGAUGUUACAUCACUGAUCACGCAUUUGUCGGUACAUACAGGUGAUCGACCAUUUAAAUGUGAGUUUUGUGGCAAAGCGUUUAAGUUGCGCCACCACAUGAAAGAUCAUUGUCGCGUGCACACCGGCGAACGGCCGUUCCGAUGUACUAUGUGCGGGAAAACUUUCUCGCGCUCAACGAUACUCAAGGCGCACGAGAAAACGCAUUUUCCCAAGUACGUGCGCAAGUUUUUGUCACCCAGCAGCCCGGUCGAUACAAAGGAUGAGUUGCCGCAAUAGUGAAACGAUUUUAGUUUGUUAUUAAAUUAUUAUUAUUACUACUAUUACUACUAUAAUAAUAACAAUAACAACAACAACAGCAGCAACCAUAAUAAUGCAAACUACUUGCAAAACACCAACAACAACAACAACAACACCAACAAUUACAACUACAACAACAAUUGAUGAGGACGAGCCAACAAGAACUUUGACUUACUUAAGGAGGAAAAUCGAGGAGAAUGAGGAGGAGAGACCAAUACAACAAUACACCAACACCCCAAAACACCAACACAAGAAUACACCAACAGCCCCAUAUAUGUAUAUACCGUUGAAUCCAUGUAUAUACAUAUGUAUAUAUUUUAUUAAUUAUGUAAACGAGGCAUCAGUUCUGAAAGUUCUGAGCAAACCAGAAACUCUAGCAAAUAGGAAAGAGACAGCAACACACCAACACCAACACAACAAAACACACACACACAUAGACACAAUAGAGCAGGCAGGCUAUAACCGUACACAAAACAUCUAUAUUAAUAUAUAUACAUUAUAUACAAUAAUUAUAUAGCAGCAUAUUGUCGAAUUGUUGAAGUUUAUACCAAGAAGCAAACUUGUUUUUUUUUUUUGAUGAUGAUACAGGAUGAGUCCUUGUAGACAGAUGUGAGGAGAUGCUAGGGUAUGAUAGGUAUAUCCCUUUUUUUGGAUGACACGAGGAGAGAGUAACGUUUUUUCUACCCAGGAAAACAGCUAAAGCGCAGCGUGAGAGUUGUAGCAGGAAUCUAAUAAACAAAAUGAUACAUAUAUAUAUGAUAUAUAUAUUUUUCAAAAGUAUAUGUUAGAGAAUGUAAGACAUAUAGGCAAGAAAGAAAAAGCGCAAAAAAAAUUGAAAAUAAAUUUACAAAAAUAUGAAAAACAUAAAAAAUUGCUAACUAUACAUGAUAAAAUUGAUCUAAUUGAAUACGAUUUAGUAAUGCUAACGAUAGCGAUUAACGAUAACGAUAAACAUAAACGUAAUGAAAAGAACAGUGAACACACGUGAUGUAACUUUAUAAGUAGCAGCCGAAGCCGAAGGAUCCGAGAACGUAGAAUGUUGACGAUGAUAAUAAAGCGUUAAAGUAGCUUAAAGUAAACAUAACCCCUGUCCCCCGAUCGACAAGAAGAUAUAACACUAGAAACACUAGAACAACACACUCAAAAUCAUUAAAGCAAAGUGAACUGGUGAGCACCGAAAAUUCCAAAAAUAGCAACUCUCACCCCAAGUAAAAGCAAAGUGAACUGGUGAAGCCCCCUACACCAAUACACCAAUCACCAAAAGACACCAAUUCAACAAGUGUAGCAUUCUUUUGUGCGUCUUCGGUUUUUAUCUUGGACCGUGUGAAUGCAGUAGAACAUACAUAUCCCCCGAAAACACCAAACCAAGAAAAAACACAGGCCGAUCUGAUCGUCUGCAGAUCGCAUCGCUAUAUAGAGGACUCUUUUCGAUAGUGAGUUAGUGCAACUUAGGCCCCCGAACCCUUAACUCACACACGCGUAUAUUAUACACUCACAGAACUUAUUAUACAGUAACAUAUACAUAUAAAUAUAUACAAUAUUUAUAUAUCUAUAUAAACCAGAUGCAGAGACCGAAAAAGCGACAUUUUUGGAGUUCAGAUAAAAUUUGAGAAUGGGAAAAACAUGAAGAACGAAAACGAAAAAGAACAGCAGCAGCAGCAGAAUUACAUAGAAUAUCUGUGAUCUUAACGAUAUUUAUAUAAAUCUUAUACAUAAACCAAAAAUAUAUAUAUGUAUAUGAGUAGUAGAGGGAAAAACCACACACACUAGGAAUACCAACUAAGGGUAGCUGUAGCGAGGAAAACAAAAGCAGAACAUUUGGCUUGAAGAUCACCCCGACAAUUCUUGGCGCAACUCACAUAUUUUGCCUCCUUUAUGCGACGACUCACCCCAACCAAGUUUACUUUGCUUUGAAACCCAAAAUCACACCAUCUUUUGGCUUUACGAUAUUGAAAUGUGCUAGUAACUAAAGCAGAAGGGAAGGCUUAGAUGCAUCCAGGCGUUACAUGAGUAAUUCUAGAUUCUUUGUGUUAUAUUGUUAUCACGAACUCUCUACUUUGGCUUGAUGGAACCCGAAGCUCCGCAGACCCUCGCUACGGGAAACCCUUUCCACCCACCCAAGUGAUUAGCCCGGCAACAACACAACAGCAAACGAAACAACAAGAAAUGCAAAUCGAUCUCAAAAUUUUAAACAAAUGAAAACAAAAAUUAUCUAUAAAAAAACAACCAAGGAAGUUUGUGAAAAACUUUUGUGGCUGGGGCUGAGAACGUGAAAAUCGAGGGAAAACCAAAAACCAUUAUCUCGUUUCUGCGGUUGGGGCGAAGACUUUUUCUUUUCGAUUUUUGGCAACGGAUUGGGAACAACAAGCUGCAAAAAAUGACAUGACAACAUUUUUAAAUAUUAAAAUAUUAAGGAAAAAAGAGGCAACAACAAACGCACACCAAGCACGCUAGACAAAAUUCAAAAUUCUAAAUUUUAAACCAAAAAGAAAGCAAAACUUUUGGCGAAAGAAACAAAAACGGAAACAAACACAAAACUUUUGGAUUAAACAAUUUGGCUGUGAUAGCAUUACAAGAAUAUAGUAAAUAAUUAAUGGAUAACAAAAUAUUUAACCAAAAACCAAAAAUAAAAGUGAGCGGGGAGGAGGAUUAUUUGCUUUGCAUUUUGGAAAAGCGAGGAAGAGCGUUGCCAUUUUUUACCUUUGUUGUUGGCUUACUUUUCUCAUGCAGUAUUAGAGGACCUUAGGGGAGUAGGAGCAACAGGCAUCAAUUCAAUAAUUGUGAUGUUCAAACGAAAGCAAACACAACGGAUAUAUCUGCAUUAACAAUUAUCCAACAUAAUCAAGCGUAAACGAAACAAAAUUAACCUUUAGGAACAAAUGAAGAAAAAGAAAGCAAAACAAAAUUGUGAUUUUCGGCCUUUUAGAAACAAAAUUAUAAAUUAAUAACGAUAAAAGUAAUGGAUAAAUAAAUAUAAAAGAAAAACAAAAAACCAAAAGCUUUCUCGAUAAUUUUAAUUGCAUUUCAAUAGGGGAAAUUAGUAACCAAAAAGGGAGAACAGUUGAUUUUAUUUUUGGCACAGCCAGACCGGAAAGUCUUCGCACAGCCGCCGCAGAAAAUAAAAGGGGAAAAUCGAAAGGAGAAGCGAACCAAAACAUUCCAAGGAAACAAGAGUAGAAAAUCGGUGGAAAAGGUUGGGCGAGGGUCAGGGGCUUCGAUUCCGGAGGAAACAUUUUUUUUGCAAUUUUUUUUUUUAAAUUUAAUGAAUGCACUGAAAACAACCCCCACGAAACACUCUCACAUACAUACACACAAUGUUUCAUGCUCUGUGUCUCUUAUUAAUUUUUUUUUUAAAUGUAAACACCUACAAAAAUAUAUAUAAAGAUAUAUAUAUAUUUAGUUUUAAAUGUUUAAGCGAAAUGUUAUUAUUAUUAUACCAACUUAUAUGAAAUUUAUUUAGCUUUAGCAACAAAACAAAACCAAUUUAACUAAAAAAACGUGGCAACAAAUUGAUAUGUUUUUUGUUUAUUUCCUUGAUAAGUUCGAACUUCUUUCCGUUCUUUAAUGUAUUACCCACAUCCAUAUUAUUUUGUUAAACGAUUUUCAGCCAGAACACAAUGAAUUUGUAAGCUAUAUGAGAAAAGGAAACCGGAAAUAAACCAGCCUAUCGCAAAGAAUAAACCAAACUAAACACACCUGUCAAAAAUUUAAUUUAAAUUCAAAAUCAAUUAAUGAAAAUAAGCAGCGACAAGCAGUUUAAGUGGAGAAACAAACGAAAUGAAAAUAAAAAAAAUCCUAAAACUUUUGGCCUUUUUUCUACGUUUUACGUUCUACGUUCCAUUUUUCACUUUCUCAUUUUUAGACUCAUCCAAACUUUUCACAUAUCAUGGAAAAAUUCAUUGUGUCAGCAUUUUCAUUUGCCCUCAUUUCAAUGGUUUACUAUUUAUUAAGUUUAGUCGAUAAGAAUUGAUUUUGCUUAGCGCUUAAGUUGUGAUCAAAAGUUCCUUAGUUUGGUUCCCCCAUAAACGUUAAUUUGUGUUUCAAUUAUUUUCUUAUUUUUAAUAUUUCAACAAGCCAUCAAACAGCAGCAACAAGAAGAAAAUUUCUAACAAGUUCCUCGACAACAGCAAAACAAUAUAAUUAUUAAACAAGUAGCAAAAUAUACAAAAUUGCCAAUUGACCCCGAAAGCAUACAAAAAUCGACACACAGUUUGGUUUCAAUUUGAUUCCUUUUUUAAUUCCCCUUUUCUGUUCGUUUUCUUUUGAGGUUUUUGAUUUCCAACUGUUGCCAGUGUUUUUUUUAAGUGAAACGAGAGAAAAAAGUACUUUUGGAUCAAAUCAAUGCUAACACAAAUUUUUAGUGGAAAUUUUACGAGUAACGAACUUUUAGGCCUAAAUAGAAACGAAAGACUCGAAAUUGAUUUAGCUUCUUUUAGUUUCCAAAAGAUUUAGUUUUGAAAUUAAACAAAAAAAAAAGAAUAAGGAUAUGGAUAAAUUUAGUAUGUAUUUUUAAAGGCACCUAAGGCACCAUAUAUAUUCAGAUAUUCCGCUUCGGUUUAACGAUUUCUGCUUUGGGUUCCACCUUGAGUUAUCAGCACAGGACAAGCCCUAAGAUAAAUAAGCGAAGGAUAAUAAAAAAGAAAAAUAUCAUUAGGCGUAACUGCAAAAAUGCAUUUUAAAGGAAACAGGAAUUUAAAAUUAUAUAUACAAGAACAAGAAACAAGAAGAACACAACGGCAAACGGAAAACCAGAAUAAUGCAAAAUUAUAUAUGUAUACAAGAUAUUUGGGAAGCGAAAGUAAGGAUAUUUAUAUAUGAACCUAUAUAAAUAGCGACACACCCACACCCACACACAGACAACACACACUCACACACCCCCAAUCCCUAGGAUACAUAGGCCUAAAUCGAAGCUUCAACUUGUACAGCAAUAGCAGUCGAGCUAAGUUGGGCGACGAGGGAGAUAAAGUUAAUUACAAUUACGCUAGAAUUGCAUACAAGUCGAAUUUAUAUAAAUCUAUAUACAUACAAUGCAUACUAGCAACAUUUACAUACUCAACCUACUGUAAUACAAAUGUUUUUAGUUCGUUUUGAAAGCGAUUCCAGGAGAAAUUCGAUCGACAAACCUAGGACCUAGAGAGAGAAGCUUUGGCACACAAAAAGAUACAAGUUACAAGAUACAAGAUACAAAAACGGAAUCAGUAUGAAAAGCAAAAGCAACCAAAACAGUUAUGCAAAAUUACCUAACAAAAUUCCCAAAAACUCAAAUUCCAACUCAAUAUAAUGAAAGUCAAGUGAACAAACUAAAAAUUGCAAGUUUCGGCAAGAGAACCUUUUGAAAAAACCAUUCGUUUCGGUUUUCAUUUUUGGCAUAGACAUUUUUUGCACUCAUCCCUUCGUUUUCAAUUUUCAUUUUCAAUUUGUUCUAGCAGAAAAAGUGCUCAGGGUAAACACAGAUUCUUCCAAUACAAUAUAACUAAUGAAUGAACAGCAGAACAGUACAGAACAGAACAAAAACAGAAACAGAAGCAAGCAACAAACAAUAUUUAUAUAUGCAUAUAUCGCUCAGUGUAUGUCUAGAUAUCUAUAUUAUAUACAACCAAAUAUAUACAACAACUGCAACAGCAAACAACAACAAUAGUACCAAUAUUUAAACACAAAUCUAAUUUACAAAAAAGUGUUGAAAAAGUUGAUAUAGAAAUAUGGAAAACAGAGAACAUACAACAUAAUGGCUGCGGAGGAAAUGCUUUACAAACGCAUUACGUACAUACAUAGAAAAUGUUUACAAUCGACUUAUAUUUUUUAAUUGAAACGUAUUUUUUUAAUUAACUCUAAUCAACAAGAACAAACGGCAAACUAUAACGACAAACGAGUAAUAAGCAAGGCAGUAAAGGAUGAUUUUUACACAAUUAAACAAUAGAUGAAAUACAAACGAAGAGCGAACCAAGUCAGUGCUUUGAUUUUUAAUCGUACCUAUUUUUUUGUUACCACAGGGUAGUUAGGAGUGUGGGACUUUAUACAAUAAAUAGACCCCCGCUCGAGGACCUCCUGCCCCUGCUGCCCCAGAAACACAAUAAAUGCCUUUUUUAAAUAACUAAAUAAUCUUAAUUGCGCUAAAAAGUAUGCCCCAAUUUUUGAAACGCAGGAUCAGAACUAGUUCCGAAAAAAAUACGCAUUUACCAAUAGAACUCUCCCUCUCUCUCAAGUGACAAUAAACCAAGACAAGCCGCGAACUGCUAGAUAACUAGUUCCCAAAAACCCAGCCACAAUACAAUCAACGAUUCAAUAAUCUAUAGACCACAAUCUCGUACACUGUAAAUAGUUAAAUCUGACGAACGUAGUUCAGCGGAACUAGUUCCGGUCCCCGAAAAUGUGGCAUACAUAACCUCAAAACAACAGACGAUUGUUUGAUUGCCUGAUUGAUUGAUUGAUUGAUUGAGCCACACACAUACCUACACACACAUGUACCCUGUUGACGAAUUGCCUUCUUCAUUGAUUUACAUAAUCACCUACAAUACAAAUAAUUUAAGUACCCACAGUGAAAGGAUCGAUAGACCGAUAAAUAGAAACAAUUAUUGAAUGAACGACAGACAGGACAGGAAGUAACAAUUGAUAUUUACACCCAGCUCAUAGAUGUUUUCCACGUUUUUUACAGUGUUACAAAUAAACCCAAAAAACCACAAAACCAAGAAAAUGCUAAAAAAAAUAAAUAAAAAAUACAUAAAACAAAUAUGACAAUGGAAAUGAACUUGAGUUGUAGUCAAGGUAUAUAAAGAUUGUUUGUUCGUAGUAUUCGUAGUAUAUUUUUUGUAUACCGCAUGUGUUUCUGUUUGACAAAUCCUUACUUUGAAUAUGCCUUUUUCUGUUCGUUAAGCGAAACUUGUAAGCGCGGCAAGCGGGACAGUGAAACGCAAUAAACUAAACAUAAUGAUAACUAGCAAUUGGUUUCAUCGGCGUAUUGAAUCAACCACAGUAACGACAACAUCAAGACCCCUAACAACAACCCCCAAUAAGAAUUAAUGAAAAAACACAAAAGAUAUGUUUGAGUGCCAAGCUAACAAUUCGAGGACAUACUGUACAUAGAUAAAAAAAAACGAACCAAAAACAAACACGAAUAAGUUUUAAAAAGACACUGCAAAUAGGUAUGUGAGUUCGGGGCAAUCAGUUAGACUAGUUUUGGAAUUUUUCAAUAUUUUAAAAAUUGAGGGAAAUCGAAAAACCAAUUUCUGAUUGCCCCCAAGAGAACAGCAACCAAUACAGAACUUAAGAAAAAAAUCGGUCAAUUGAAAAAUUCCUUUUUCGACUUGAAACAUGGUAAAAAGAAAUACUGUCAAAAAAUACCACAGCAGAAAAACAAGCAAAACUUUUAAGUAAGGCUAAACAGGAGAAAAACAUAGAACCAAUUUUUAAAGAAUAUCAAAGCGAUAAAGCGGAAAAGCCCCCUCCCCAAAAUAUCCUCUCCAAAAUGUACAUUUCCCACGCACACAAAACACAACGUACACACUUUUUGAUACGCUAAAGUCAAGUUAAAGUAUAUGAUAUCUACACACUUAUAUAUGGUAAUAUAUGAAGAAAACAAAUAGCAGGACAUUGGAAACCUAAAAAAAAGCUUCAAAAGUUGUAAACAAUUUUUUCGGUAUAAGCUCAAGACACCUACACACACACACAUAGAGAGAGAAAGGAACUCACACAUAUACAGAGAGGCGAGGAAGCGGAAACGGAAGUGGGAAAUUGAGGCUGAACCAGCGAGGAAAAUUGUUAAUACUACGUACAUAGCUUGUGGGGCUUAUUUUACACUUGUCGAACGACGAGGAAAAGCUGAUCAAUUUUUUGGAAAUUAGCGUGGGAAAAACUCACGAGAAAACCAAAUAGAAAACGUCAGAAAAGGUAAGGAGGAAAGAGAGAAAAAACAACACUGUAGUGCCUACUCCCCUUUAAAACAAAACAAAAAACAGAAUAAAAAAUAAAAUAAAAAUCGAAAACCAAAAAAAAAUAUAUAUAUACAAUACAUAUAUACAUUAUACAUACUAAAGUAAUAUUUUAUAAAAACGCGCAGAGCAAAAAGGUAAAAAAGACAAAAAAAAACUAAACAAAACAAAACAAAAGCAAGGAAGUCAAGAAUGGAAAUUGCAGUUUUUUUGAUAGUUAUUUUUUUAGCGAGCAAUGGGAGGCAUUGAGAUCUAUAUAUACAUAUAUAUAUAACUAAAUAUACAUACACACCUAUACAUUAGUAUAUCUCACACACAGACAACCACACCUACAUUUAUACAAAAAGUACUUACGGCAUGUAAAAAAGAACUUAGUUUCUAAAAGAGAAGCGAGACGAAAAAGGAAAAAAAAAAAAGGAAAUGAAAAACUAUUAGAAAACUGCAAGGAAAAUUUGCGAAUUUUAAUCAGUUAGCUAUACUACACUCGCCCACACACACACACACACUCAACCAAAUCGAGAUACAAAGUAGAAACGACAACAAAGUAGUUUUGCAUAUCCCCAAAAAGAAAAUGAGAGAAAAGUUUUGGAACGAUCAGAAGCGGAAGGAAAGCCACACGAAACACAGACACACGAGAAACCAAUUUAUCAAAAAUUAAACUAGUUUUUAGUAAUGAAAGAGAAUAAUACUAUUUUCACUGAAGGAAAACACCACAGAACAAUGUAAACAUAUUUAAUAAAUUUAAAACCCCAAUGGAAAAAACAUAUUUUCGACAUAAGCUAAAUGAAAAAAGAAAAUACAUUUUUAACCUUCCUCAAUAAUUUUUGAAGAAUACGGAGAAAAGAAAACACAACACUGAUUUCCCGCGUAGUUGUUUUCGUUUCAAUCGAUCUUGCAUUGGGAAUUCAAGCCAAGCAUCCAAAAUAAUUAUAUAAAAUAUAAUACAAAAUAGCAGCACACACACACGAAGUGGGACAGUUGAGAAAUGGGUAGCAAAUUAAUAGUUUUAGUAAACGACGGUUGAGAAAAUUCUUGUAAGUUCCCUAUUGAGGCUCAUUCAUAAAUAAUUCUACGGAUACUUUGUAACACUUAUUAUUUGUUUGUUUUUAGACAUUUUUUAAAAUAUUUUCUCCUAAGUUAUUGAACCUAAAUCAAUAAAAGCGAGGGGAAAACAGCUCGGCUUCACGGCAUUCCAAGGGGGAUUUUCCCCCGACAGGAACUGCAAUCGAGGGGCUGUUCUCCCCCAAGCAAAGGAACUGCCUAGCAAGAGGGUUAAUACACAGAGUAGGGCGGUUAGAAAACCACACACAAAACAAUUAAUAUAUAUGAAAUUCAGAACAGACCGAGAUCCGAAGAAAAGUUUAAACAAUAAACAAUAACCGAAAUAAGAGGAUGAACAAAUAGCUGCAAUACGUUAUGAUUACGUCAAUAUGUUCCUACAAUAUAGACAUACAAGAUACAUAAAUAAUUUAUAUAAAUAUAUAUUCUUAACUAACUGUAAACACACACCACACAGAAAACCAACAAAAAAAAAAACAGGAGAAUGCGAUGGAAGAUUAUACAAUAAUUAAUUUAAGGCCGCGGCCGAGAAUUCACUAAGAGCAGCAGCGACUAACUAACUAAAACUAAAUCUUAAAUAAUCACCUGCUUAAGUUUUGUCGAACACUUUUCAUUAACCUUAUCCUAAGUUAAGCGAUUUCCCAUUAUUUAUUGAGCGAGCGUACACUUAAAUGACUCUAAAAUAAUGCAAAUUAUAUAUACACACUUAUAUAUAGAACUAUAAACCGCAAUUUAAGUUCCAAUCGAUACAAUUUAGUUUUCAUUUAUUUUUUUUACCAUUCGAAAUAAGAUUUUGAUAUUUUGUGGCUAAUAAAAGCGAAUGAAAGAAACCAACAAAAUCGAAUAAAAUAUAUAUGAAAACCAUUUCACUCUCAUGUACAUUCCUUAUUGUUUCACACACACACACACACCCACACACUCAGCACCCACGCCAACACACCCGAGCUGGAACACAUAUGUAGUUCCACAUGGUACUUUGUACUCUAUAUGCCAGAGAGCUUGAAGGGAACUCAACAGAUAUAUAUGGAAAAUACCCAAAAAAAAAAAAACAAAAAUAAUUAUUACUAAUGAAAAAUGGAAGGUUAAAAAUAUACGCAAACUAUAUAUUUUUUCGUAGUCGAAACGAGUACUAAAAACCAAAAGCACUGAGCAAGAAUAAUUACUUACAAGAACUCUCCACUCAAUUUUCGACUCGACUCAUUUUUCGAGUUGACCCAAUGCUGAAUAAUAACUAAAAAACUCGAAAACUAAAAACUAAAGAGAGCAGCUUAUCAGGCACCAAAAUAAAAAACAAAAAUAGAAGCAAUCAAGAAAAUAUUUUAGAACGAAAUGGAAUUCAAUUACUUACACGCAGUCAAACCAAAAGACAUAUUUUAGGCAAACCAAAACCGAAAAAAGUCACCAAAUUCAAACCCAGAACAACAAAUUUAUAUGAAAAUUAUUACAAGCAUAACUGAAGAAGGGAAAAAAUAAGAAAAAUAUUUAAGCAAAGCAAGGCAUAUCAUAGUUUAUAACAAAAAACCGAAACACAGACAAGUGUGAAGAUUGCUAAAAGAAAAGCCAGGAGAAGAGAUUCUCAGCGUUUCCAGAGAAGGGCCUCCCAAGCAGUUUUGAUUUCUAACCAAAACCCAAUAUUAUCCCAAAAGAUCCCCAAAAGAAUGAUAAAAUCCGAAGAAUAGAUGGCUAAUGAGAGGGAAUCAAGACAGCAAGCUAAAACUAGAGGAGAAAGUGGAGGUUAUUACAAGCAGAACAUGAAAACCUAUAGGAUCAGCCUGUCCAGGCGGAUCGGUCAUAUAUAGCUAGCUAUAUAGUCUAUAGUCUAUGCCUAACAUUUCAAGUAGUCGAGCGAUUGAAGAUAUAACAUUACGAGAACUCAAGAACUUGUUCACACACGCGACACUCACACACUCGUACACACAAAUACAAGCAGAGUAAAGAAUGAAAACAAAGAAUGAAAGCGAAGAAAGUGGAGAAAGCUAAAAGAUGGAAAACAAAAGAGAUGAAGAAAAUGAAAUAAAAUUCUAAAUAAAUAAAAAUAUUGAAAAAUA